AUGGUACUAGAGUCCGAUGGAUCGAUGAAUGCCACUGGCUAUUCAGAUCCAGAAGAGAAGCAGUUCACAAUGAGUCAUUCAGAUACGUCCGUGACCUUAACUGGUGAUGAAAGUGUAUCAAAAGCUGGAGGUGGCCACAACAGUAACAAUCCUUUUAUAGCGAAGAAUAAUAGAAAAACUACGAUUUCAAACAAUGACCUAGUGAAGUAUCCUUUUAAGACAUUGAAUCGUAUUUUAGAUGACAUCAAAUGGAGUAUUCCCUAUAAGAAUCACUAUGGGGGGAGCUUAUUAAACCAGAAGCCAAUUGAUUAUUCUAAUAAUUUAUCCAAGUUAGUCAACGGACUGACGGCCGAAUACGAAUUGAUUACAUUGAAUAAUAACUUGAACUUUUCUCCUACAAUUGAGGUUACUGAACUAGAGGAUUCCAGGAAACUUACUAUUAUAAGAGGUUUAUUAGUAACUCAUGAUAAAGUUAGCCAUUUCAGACUUAUUGUGUUAGAGAACCCUACAAACCCAUUCGUGACAACUAUCGAUAAAUGCGACUAUCACUUGAUCCCCUCGAGUGUUAUAUCUUCUGAUGAUCGUAAGAUACUAGGAGUUACUAACAAAGAUGAUGAUGAUGCGUUAUUUGACGAUUCUUUAUUUGCCAGUUCAAGUGCUUCCAAUAACCAACUUUUGAGAGCUUCCAUUUAUAAGCACGAAUUCGACAACGAUGAUUUAGUACUGCUAAUAGAUCAGGGUACCAUCGAAGAAAGGUACUUAAAAGGAGUUGAAAGGCACCCGAAUUUGAAUUUAUCUAGCGACGUCAUACCGAAUUAUAUCCAUUGCUUUAAGACGUUGUUACGUGCCUUGAGGGGACCUAUACUAUUAAAGGAUGAUGAGGUCAUCAAGACGAUCAGCUUAAAUGAUACUGUAUUAGAUUCUCAAAUUGAUAUUAAUCUACUUUUAAAUAAACUCCAUUUUACAUUAAAUUCAAGUGGAAAUGAAUUGAUACCGCCAAAUUUAUCAAAAAAUCCCCAUUUAAAGGAAGCAUACAUGAGAAAGAUUCAGGAGCUUAUAUUCCUUGGAAGAGUAUAUGGUCAAUCGAAAGAACACAACGAAUUCUUAGUGAAUUAUUCUUAUUCUGAUAAUUUAUCAAUCGUAUUUAAGACAUUCAACGAAUUUGAUAAACAUAUUUGCAUGACUUAUUUCAAAAACCAUAAUUCUAGCCGAUUUCCUUUCAUGAUUAAUUUAAGUAUAUGUACAUUUUUUCGAAAUGAGUUGAUCAUUAAAUGUUUUGAAAAUACUAUUGCUUCAGAUCCUUCGAAUAAGCUCCAUUAUGUCGAUUCAUUGAAAAGUACAAUCAAUUCCAGGAGCAAUACAUCUAAUAACAAGCUAAGGUCUUAUUAUCAAAACUUGGUCUCUAGAGGUGAAAUUGUGGGUUAUGAUGAUUAUAUCAGCGCAUUACAUGCCAUUGGACUUAGACUAGAUAAAUUCAGCUCGGAAUCUUCCUAUAUGAAUCUUGACGACGAGUCAGUCAUAACAAUGUAUAAGAAAUCAUAUGAAAAUGAUCCCAAAAAUUACCAGUACUUCAGGAACAAUCUUGAGACUAUAAGUAAAGUGAUAAAUUCCAAGAAACUAUUUGAAUUUUUAGAUACAGAAGUCAUCCCUAUCAGAAUAGCGAUGGAAGAGUUAAAUAUUGAAGAAAUUACUGAAGAUGAAGUGGCAGUCACUGCUUAUGAGUUCAAGUUGAAUGAAUGUUUGCAAGCAAAUGGCUUUGUUACCAAUGACAAUGAAAUAAUAUUCUUGAAUAAAUCGCUUUUAUCGGUCGCCUUGAAUAGAAAAAGUUACCUUUUACUAAAUUAUAUUGAGACGAAGCUUCCUCAAUUGGUCAAGACUCCAACUCACAUCACAACUGAGGAUGCUUAUUCGAAGAUAGGUUGCGAUAGCACAAGUACAGAGCCCGAAAUAAUUUCUAAAUUCCAAGAAAUUUGGAUCAAAGCUGAACCAGAAUUUUUAAUUAUUCUAAGGUACUGCUUCAAAUUGAUAGCCGAAGACAGAAAAUCGGAAAUCUUAAUAAGUUAUUUAAAGACAGGGAAGGUUGAUCCUUCUCUCUUUCCAUCAUAUGAAUGGCCGGCUGGAUUAGACAACAUUGGCAAUACAUGCUAUUUGAAUUCAUUGUUGCAAUAUUAUUUCUGUAUCAAACCUUUAAGAGAAAUGAUUUUAUCCUUUAAUGAGAAUGAUAUAGAUCCUGAAAAGCAAAAGAAUAAGAAAGUCGGCGGCAGGAAAGUCGAAGAAGCAGAGGUAAAAAGAUCAAAUCAGUUUAUUUAUCACUUGCGUGACCUUUUUAAUGAAAUGAUUCACACAAAGGGGAGAUGCGUACAACCUUCAAAGGAGUUGGCAUACCUAUCAUUUUUACCUUUAUCGCAGCCUGUCAAUUUCAAAGUCUAUGAAGAAGAUUUUGAUCGUAAUGUGGGAGAUGAUACGAGUAAUCCUAUCAUUAUAAGUUCUCAAUCAGCUACUCCGAGCGAAAAUGAUUCCGAAGAUGACGUUGAAAUGCUUGACGAAAUAAACGAUGCAAAUGAAAGUAGAACUGACUUAGACAACCUGAAUCAUUCAGACCUCUCAAAUGAUCUGAUCCAGGUCAUUGGAAGUGACCAAAAUAUUGAUAUGAAAGAAAACUCGGAUGAUGAUAAUAAGAGCGUAUCCGGCCAUGAGAAUGUAACAUCGAAUAUUCCUAAGGUACUUCCAAUCAGCACUGAUCAAAUUGAAAGUACUAUUGAAAUAGGUCGGCAACAGGAUGUUACAGAGUGCAUGGAAAAUGUCACUUUCCAGAUUGAAAGUGCCCUAGAGGCUGAAAGCUUAGAAGAGGAUGGAGAACAAGUUGACCUAAUUAAGAAACUCUUUUAUGGUAAGACAAAACAGAUUAUCACGCCCUUGGAAAGCUCUGGAAGUCCAAGGGUUUCAAAUGAACGGUUUUUUAGCUUGAUCAUUAAUGUCGGCGACCAUCCUAGGGAUAUUUAUGAUUCACUAGACAGUUAUUUUAACGAGGAUUCUGUGAAAUUAGAAGAAGGAUUAGCCAAAAAGUCUUUAACAAUCAGCAAAUUACCCGAUGUACUUCAAUUCCAUGUUCAGAGAGUUUUAUUUGAUAGGGAAAGAUUGAUGCCUUACAAGUCUCUCGAACCGAUACCCUUUAGUGAAAAUAUAUUUCUCGAUAGGUACCUUGACACUGAUGAUGAGGACAUUUUGCAAAAAAGAAGCGAGGUUUUCAAAUGGAAAACAGAAAUAAAGAGUCUUAACGACAAAAAAACAGAAAUACUUCAUCUUGAUGUAGAAAAUGGCUUGUCAAUCAUUGAUUCGUUAAUAGCCACUAAGAAAUUUUUAGAGUCCAAAAUUUUGAGCCACAGAACGUUAAAGAUCAAUCCUGCCACUAUAAUGACCAUUCUGGACCAGAUAUCUAAAUUAAAACAAGAGGUUCAGUCGAUCAAUAACAGAUUGAAUGACUUACACGUCAAAUGUGCUCAUCAGUUUGAUGCUUAUACACAAACAGGUUAUCGCAUCUUUGCAAUUUUCAUCCAUAGAGGUGAAGCAAGCUAUGGCCAUUAUUGGAUUUAUAUUAAAGAUCCCCAUAAGGACAUCUUUAGAAAAUAUAACGACGAAACUGUCACUGAAGUCCCAAGUUCUGAAGUUUUCAACUUUACUGAGGGAAAUACUGCAACACCGUAUUACAUCGUCUAUGUCAAGGAUGAAUUGAUGAAGGACUACAUUGAACCACUCAAGAGGGUUGCCGUCAAUUGUUAA